AUGAACGGCUCGCGCAGCCCGGCCCACGACUGGCGCGUCGCGGCGAGCCGGACGCAGGCGGGCCUGCAGGACGACUUCCGUCCGCCUGGCCCGCCGCCGCCGCUCGUGAGCCGCCGCCACGCGAGCGACGGCCGCGGCGGCAGCGACCGGACGCCGCGCAGCGCGAGCGGCGGCCGCGCCGCCGACGACCUCGCGUCCUACGCCGCGUCGGACGCCGCGUCGGACAUCGAGCCCGUGCUGCGGCGGCCGCCGCGCGGCGCGGAGCGCGCCGGCCCCGCGUGGACGAAGCUCACGUUCAAGGGCAAGGCGCCGCCGGGGCCGCCGCCGCCCGUCGGCGAGCGCUCGCCGGCGUCGGCGCGGCCCGAGGCGCCGCGGCGCGCGCGGGCCGGCGACGAGCCGCGCGCCGCGCGCGACGGGGACCCGCGGCGCGCCGACGACGACGGCGGCGACCGGCGCCAAAGCCCGUCGCGCAGCGCGGACCGCCGCCCGAGCCCGUCGCGCCGCACGGACCGGCGCGUGUCGCCGUCGCGGAGCGCGCGAGAGCGCGAGCGGCGCCGGCGCGUCGCCGCGGGCGAGACGUCGGAGAGCGAGACCGACACCGACGACCUCUCGAGCGACGACCCGUCGACGCCGCCGCGGCGGCGCGGCGGCGCGCGGCGGCGCGACGCGAGCGACUCCGCGAGCCCCGGCGACGACUCCGCGAGCGGCUCGCCCCUCGAGAGUUCGAGCCUCGCGAGCGCGCCGUCGCCGGAGCGGCGGUCGCCGGCGCGGCGGUCGCCGUCGCCCGGCGCGCGCGCGCCGUCGCCGUCGAGCGCGCGCCGGCGCCGCCGGGCGUCGCCCAUGGCCGAGACCGCGGACCGCACGGCGGAGGCCAUGGUCCAGUCCUACGCGGAGCUGUCCUGGCUGCGGCGGAGCGUCGACGACGCGCGCGAGAGCGCGAGCCCGCUUCGGGUCGUCGCCGCGAACCCCGCGGAGCCCCUCGUCGCGUCGCCGCGCCGCGCGGCCGCCGCGCCGCCGCCGCCGCCGCGCGCCGCGGUCUCGACGCCGCCGCUCUUCGAGGAGGCGCCCCUCGCGGCGCGCCACGACCUCGACCAGCCCCGCGCGGCCGCGCCGCCGCCGGAGCGCGGCGCCGCCGCGCCGCCGCCGCCGGCCGCCGUCUUCCAGUGCGACCACGCCUGCGGCUUCACGGGCGCCUACGACGCCGUCGCGGACCACGAGCGCACGUGCACGUUCCAGCCCGGGCGGGCGCCGCCGCCGCCGGGCCGCGCGGCGGCCGCGGAGGACCCGCGCGCCGCGCCGCGCGCGCGCGCGCCGCCUGCGCUCCGCGAGGACUACGCGCCGCGCGCGCCGCAGAACGUCGCCGCGCCGCCGCAGCCGCCCGCGGCGACGCCCGCGGCGAUGCCCCGGCCCGCCGCGCCGCCGGACCGCGGCGACCCCGCGCGCGCGCCGCCGCGAGACGACCGGUCGGCCGCGGCGCCCUACGGCGACCGGUCGACCGCGGCGCCCUAUUCCGGCGCCGCGGCGCCCGACGCCGCGGAGCCGCGGCCGCAGCCGGCGGACGCGGACGCGCUCGCGGCCGUGCGGUCGCUGGAGAAGCGCCUCGGGCGCGCGCGGCGCGACGCGGCGCGCGAGGCGCUCGCCGCGGAGGACGACCGGCGGCGCCUCGAGACGACCGUCGCGUCGCUCGAAACGUCGCACCGCGGCGUCUUCGACGAGCUCCGGAGCCUGCGCGACGAGCUCGCGGCGGAGCGGUCGACGUCGCCGCGCGCCGUCGACGCGGCCGUCGGCGCGCUCCGCUCGCAAAUGGACGAGCGCAACGCGGCGCUCGCGGAGCGGCUCGACGCGCUCCGGGGCGCCCUCGAGGCCGCGGCGCGCGACGCCGCGUCGUCGCCGUCGCCGCGCGACGGCGACUCCAUCGUCGGCGUCCUCGACCGCAACUUCCGCGAGCUCCGGUCCGAGGCGCGCCGGAGCGCGCGCGGCGCGCCCGCCGCGGAGCCCGCGCCCGCGCCGCCGGACGGCGGCGACGACCGCUACCGGUCCGCGCUCCGCCGCCUCGGCCUCGAGCGCCUCGACCCCCUCGGCGACGCCGGCGCGCCCGUCGCGCCCGGGUCGCCGCGCGCGCCGCCGCCGCCGCCGCCGGGCCCGCCGCCGCCGCCCCGCGGCGACGCGCGGUCGCCGAACGGCGCGAAAUCGCCGAGUGGCGCGCGGUCGCCGAAGCCGCGGACGUCGACCGCGGCCGCGCUCGCGGCGCUCACGGACGAGGUCGCGAACCUCCGCACGUUCUUCAUCGCGCCGCCGCCGGGCCCGCCGCCGGCGCGCAACCGCGCGGACUCGGACCGCGGCGACGCGUCGCCCCGGGCCCGCGCCGCGCCGCCGCCGCCGGAGCGCGGCCGCGCGCCGCCGCGGAGCGACGGCGCGCGAACCGGAGGCGGCCGCGCGCCGCCGCGCCGCGGCCGCGCGGCGGACGACGACGACGACGACGACGUCAGCGUCGAGGAGGCGCGCUACCGCGCGACGCGGCGCCGCGCCGCGGAGCGGCCCGCGGCGGCGGCGGCGCCGCGCGACGACGCGCCGGCGCCGCGCGAGGCCGGCGACGCGUUCCACCCGGGCCGGGGCCGCGGCAUCUCCCACUUCCUCCACGACGACGGCAUCGACCUCGACGAGCACGCGAAGCGCAAGCGCGGCAGCCCGUCGCCGUCGCCGGCCGCGCGGGCCGAGCCGUCGCCGGACGGGGCCGAGGCCCGGCCCCGCGGCCGCGGCGGCGCGCCGUCGCCGUCGCGGCCCCGCGGCAGCGGCGUCUUCUACUCCGUCGUCGACGGCGACGCGCCGGCGGCGCCGCGCGCCGCGGACGGCCGGGACGCCGGCCGCGGCGCCGACGACCCGCGGCGCCGCGGCCGGGCCUCGGCGGCGCCGCGGCGGUCCAUCGACGGGUCGACGCGCGCGGUCUACGAGGCCCCGCCGGACAUGGCGGGCCCGACGCUCGACGACUUCGCGCGCGCGGGCCGGAGCCCGACCGUCGGCGACCUCGCGCCGCCGCCGUCGUCGCGGUCCGCGUCGCGCGAGCGCCGCGGCCGCGACGGCUCGGGCGGCGCGCCGCCGCCGCCGCCCGCGGCGCCGCCCCGCGAGACGCCGAGCCCGGCCCGGGCGAGCGGCCGCUCCGGCGCGAGCCCCGGGCGGACCGCCCGCGCCGCGCGGGACGCCUCGGAGCCGCGGCCGCCGCGGCGGCUCGCGCUGAGCCCGCCGGACGCGGGGCCGCGCGCGCCGCCGUCCGUCGUCUCCGUCGCGUCGGAGCCCCGCCGGUCGACGCCGUCGCGGAGCCCCGGCGACGCCGCGUCGGCGCGGAGCCGGACGCCCGAGAGCGCGGCGGAGAGCCGGCGGACCUGGUCCGAGCGGUCCGACGACCGCCGCGGCCGCGACCGCGGCGGCUGGCACGCGGAGAGCCCCCAGUCCCUCUACACGGCGACCUCGGACCCGGACCUGUCGCGGAGCCUCGGCCGGGGCGCCUCGGAGCCGGACACGUCGCGCCGCUUCGGCCCGGGCUACGAGGACGCGCGCGACGAGCGCUUCGGCCACCGCGACGACGACGACGGUUACGGAUCGAGGCGCUUCGGCCGUCGGCAACGCGACGACCAUCCGCGGCGCGACGGGAGCGGCGACGACGACGACGCCCACGGCGGCGCGUCGCGCCGCUUCGGCCGGGCCGCGCGGGCGGCCGACGCGGCCGCCGCGCGCGUCGGCGCGCGCGCGGACGCCGUCGCGGACCGCGCGCUCGCCGGCGGCGCCGCCGCGGUCCGCGGUCCGCCGCCCGGGCGCGACGUCGUCCUCGGCGCGCGCGCCGCGGGCCGCGCGUCGCCCGAGGAGGCCUACGCGCGGUUCACGGCGCGCCGGAGCCCGGAGCGGGCCGCGACGAGCCGCGACCGGUCCGUCGACCUCAAGCGGUACGCGCGCCACGCCGACUCGGACAGCGACGGCGAGCACCGGUCCGUCGCGGCGGCCGAGCUGCUCAACGAGGCGACGGCGAGCGCCCUCGACAUGCGCGGGGCGAAGAUGGGCGUCCUGGGCGAGGUCCUCGAGCGCGCGGAGGCGGACGCCGCGGCGCUCCGGCGGAAGCGGCAGGCGAAGCUUCUAGCGACGGAGAAAGAGCUGGCGUCGCGGUCGGCGCGCGUGCUCGGCCCGGCCUGCGGCGUCGUCGGCCCGGACGGCCGCUCCGCGACGCUCGUCGCGCUGGAGGCGGCGCACGCGGCGGCGAAGGCCGACGGCGCGGGCGAGCGACACACGUUGGUCGCGCUCCUCGGCGACGAGAUCCGCCUCCAGGAGAAGCACGAGCGGCGCCUCGCGGCCCUCGACGACGACCUCGACGCGGCGAAGGCGCGCGACGACUUCGAGCGGUGCAUUCUGUUGGAAAAGGAGCGCAAGGAGGCCGUCGCGUCGCGGCGGGGGUUACUCGAGGCCAUCGCGGUCGCGUCGUCGGAGCGGUCGCCGCGGCGCGAGCUGGACGUGCUGGAGGAGGAGCUGGUCAACAGGCGGACCGCGGCGGACCUGGCGACGGCGGCCCCGAAGCCCAGGCUCAAGCGCCACGAGGACCCCGAGCCUCUCGCGGAGGAGGUCGCGAGGUCGAAUCUCGUCAAAGCGGGGCCGCUCGGCGUCUUCGACGAGGCCACGAGCGCCUGGAGCUCGCGGGACGUCGAGCUCGCGACGGACCCGGCCGACGCGACGUCCGCGUCGCUCUACGUCUACGACCGCGACGGCCCCCCGAGGGUCGUCGCGGACGUCGUCGCGCUCGACGCGCCGCGGAAAUCGCGCGACUUCGAGAUCGCCACGGACGACGCGACGUUCCACCUGCGGGCGCCCACGACCAAGGAGCGCGACGCCUGGCUCGCGGCGUUGGACCCCUUCCUCCCCGCGGAGCGCGCCGACGACGCGGCCGACGCGCCGCCGCCGGACGCGUCGCUCGCCGUCGCGGCCAAAAAGAUGAACCACGCGCGGCGAGGCACGACGCCCGAGCCGGAGCCCCGCCGCUUCGUCGUCUGGGAGGAGCGCCACGACCCGGCGUCGGGCCGCGCCUACUACUUCUGCCCCGAGACGGGCGUGUCGUCCUGGGAGAUGCCCGCGGAGCUCGCGAAGGCCGCCGCGGCCGACGACGACGCGGACGACGGACGGCUCAAGCGCAUGCUGUCCCAAGCGCCGCGGCGCGCGAGCCACGUCAACGAGUCGCUCAACCUCACGACGCAGUUCGAGGCCGACGCGUGGGAGGAGCGCGCGGACCCCGCGACCGGCCGGAGCUACUACUUCAACGCGCAGACGGGCGAGUCGACGUGGUCCCCGCCGGCCAACGCGCUCAUCCGGCGCGCGGCCUAA